AUGUCGGGCGGGCGGGCGGACAGUCCCAUUCGGUGGGCUGUAGGAAGCUCAGGCGGCGUGGUCGUGGAAAAUAGUACUCGGGCCUUUUCCAUCCACCCAUCCAACUUCCUGGAAUACCUGCGCAGCCAGGAUAGUCUCAUGGUCGGCAAAGUACCGGUACCCUACCAAAAUGGAAGUAAGAUAAAGAGAGUCCACGAUACAUACCCAGGGCUGAGUGGUAACAAGUCCACCAUUGGCAUCCAGCCUCUUCCGAGACACCGCGAGCUUCAGAUGGGCCUGUGUCUUCGGAACAAACUCGUUUGCAUGCGCACCGAAAGUUCGUCACGAGGAGGAGGUACGGUGUUAGGCGAGAGCUGUGAUAUUGUCAGCUACCCGAGCAGGUGUUCCUCGUUAGGUAUGUUCCGCUGUCGUACGGCAUCCAAGUUUUACUGCGGUUUCAUUGAUCCGUCCAACCAUGAGGACGUGCAAGAACAACGACUGGCAGAGUUUUCAUCCAACAGGUCGUCUUUCAGCUCUUGGCUUAUUGUCUUGAAGACAAACGCGCAAACCGCGCUUUCUACGCAGGCCGUGUUGUUCCUGCAACAAGGUCUUAUGGGGGUACCGUCUCCGGAUUCCGUUGCCUAUCAUGCGGGAAAAUGCUUGAAGACCCUGGACCCUGCAACGACCGCGUUGUUGGCUGGGCGCUACUCUCGUCUCGUCGGCUGUUGGGCAGCACCGCUUGGAAGCGGCAGACUGGCUGGUUUCAAUGUGCGUUUUGCUAUGUUGACCGAGCAAUUACUGGUCACGGUGGGGACGGUGAACUGGUUGCAGAUCGAGGCCAUUCCUCUUUUGUGCUCUGACGGCUUAGCACUGCUGAAUGUGUGGUCCAGCAGCCCUUGUUUGCACAGAUCGCCGCAUCGCUGCCAUGCUGAAACCGUAUUAGCACCAUCGUCACUUUGUGUUUAG